UAACAAAAACAACAACACGUUAAGUAUGGUCUUCAUACAUAGUUCAAAACAAAUUUUCUAUAAUAUCCGCUUUGAAUGUGCUAAAAAUAAAAAAAAAAAUCGUCAAUCAACAUUUACGAAAAUUGUAUAACUUACUAUAAAAGUGAGUUAAAGAAAAAGUUAUUGGUAAAUAACCUAAAACAUAACAACAAAGUAGCUCCAUUUGAACGCCUCGUGUUCGUCAUCGGAGUAACAUUUUUGGUAUUUUAUAUCAGAAAAAGAAUCACAAUUGAAAACAAAUUAAAAACAAGUCAUAAAGUGAAUAUAAGUUAUCCUACUGAAUGCUAAAAUUGUGUGAAUAUUGUGUUUAAAACGUAAAAAUUGAAAUAUUGUCGAUUGCAGACAGAAACGCAGAACUGAAAAUUUUAACAACUAUAUUAUCAAGAGAACGAAGAAAUUAUAACAGCCAUAACACAUCGUGAUAUCUGAUCUGUGGAAUUAAAGUAAAAUAUUUAUUUUAUAUUGCCUUCCGACGUCCAGACUGUCAGUGCUAAUUCAUCCGAUAAUAAAGAAUAAUAAUUUUCACAUAUUUCGCUUCACUAAACGUUGGUCAAGGAUAACUCUUGAAUCAGGCUUUGUGUAUUAUUUGUAUUUAUCGUUAAAAUUUUAGCAGCAAUAUUGCUGCAGUGACAAAUUCUUGCAAAAUUGUUUACUAUGGCAGACGUUACUGACGCCAGUGGUGUUUUCGACCUUGAGCUGCACGAGGAGGAGAACCCAAGAGAUUCUGAUGAUGACAGGAUAGAGUUGGAUGAUGUGGAUUUAGAACCCGAAUUAAGUAUAAACAAUAUUCAAGAAGAAGUUGAAGGACAGGAAACUAUACAGUUGUCAGAGGAAACCGUAAAUCCUGGUAAAAUAAAACUGGGUCCCAAAGAUUUCGAGCUGAAGAAGGUACUAGGUAAAGGUGGUUACGGCAAAGUUUUUCAGGUGCGUAAAACUGCGGGCAGAGACGCAAAUAAAUACUUCGCCAUGAAAGUUCUUAAAAAAGCAUCGAUAGUCACAAAUCAAAAGGAUACAGCACAUACUAGAGCUGAGAGGAAUAUAUUAGAGGCUGUAAAGCAUCCAUUCAUAGUUGAGCUUGUAUAUGCGUUCCAAACUGAUGGGAAAUUAUAUUUAAUUUUGGAGUAUUUAAGUGGCGGUGAAUUAUUUAUGCAUUUAGAACGUGAAGGCAUAUUCUUAGAGGAUACAACUUGCUUUUAUCUAAGUGAAAUCAUACUAGCUUUGGGCCAUUUACACACAUUGGGCAUUAUUUAUCGCGAUUUGAAGCCAGAAAAUAUCCUUUUAGACGCACAAGGACAUGUGAAAUUAACUGAUUUCGGUUUGUGCAAAGAGCACAUCCAAGAAGGUAUCGUUACGCACACGUUUUGCGGCACAAUAGAGUACAUGGCGCCUGAAAUUCUCACACGCAAUGGUCAUGGCAAAGCAGUUGAUUGGUGGUCGUUGGGUGCAUUAAUGUUUGAUAUGUUAACAGGCAUGCCACCAUUUACUGCGGAAAACAGAAAGAAAACUAUCGAAACGAUUUUAAAAGCUAAAUUAGUUCUACCUGCCUACCUCACACCGGAAGCUAGAGAUUUAGUACGUCGUUUAAUGAAACGCCAAGUGCCACAAAGACUGGGAAGUGGUCCAGAAGAUGCGGUCGCCGUACAGACACAUCCCUUCUUUAAACAUGUCAAUUGGGAUGAUGUAUUGGCCCGGCGACUGGAGCCACCAAUCAAACCCAUUUUGCGAAGUGAGGAUGAUGUGUCUCAAUUUGAUACAAGAUUUACAAGACAAAUACCGGUUGACUCUCCAGACGAUACAACGCUUAGCGAGAGUGCCAACUUAAUAUUUCAAGGUUUCACAUACGUAGCACCUUCAAUUCUAGAGGACAUGCAUCGCGCGAAUCGCAUGCCAGCACGAUCACCAAGACGUACGCCAAGACAACAUCAUGAAGGAUCAUACCGCAUGCAGUUUCCGCCACAACGUGGCAUGUAUCCACGAGCCACACCACCACAUUUGCAGGCUUUCCCGCCGCGUCCAUCGCCCCAGGACGAGAUGAUGGAUGUACAGGGUGUGCCUAUUGUGUAGUUAAAGGCGGACGGCAACGGCAAAUCCACAUUGGCCACAGCCAAUGCAAGAGCAAACACAAACACGCGGCCGAGGAAUAUUAAUGAUGGUGGUAGUAGUGCGAAGGAGAAUUAAAUGAAUCACUAUAAGCAGAGAAAAUAGAAACUGAUUAUAAAACAACAAACAAACAAACAAAUAGCAGCAAACAAUUUUUUAUAAAACUAUAGAAAUGUUGCUUAUGAUUAUUUAUACAAAACACAACUGCAAACGUUGAUGAAACUUAAAAGCAACAAUGUAUAAUAAUGAGAUAUAACGAAGAUCUUUUGGAAUCAAAAUCAAUUGAGACCCAAAAACGUAAACACAUGAAAACGAGUAAAACAAUGAAAACAAUGAAAACCAAUACCAACACGUAAACUGAACUAGAGAUGCCAGCGAGAGUCGACAAGGCAGUAUUGUCGGCUGAGCAAUUGGAAUUCAUUUGCGCGCGUAUACAACAAAUAGUGAAUAGAUUUAGUUAAAAAAACCAGAAAACAAGAUAAAAGUGUGAACAACAGCGAUUAAGGCUAAUAUUAUGAAAACUAAUUAUUAAAUACAUAUAUAAAUAGAUAUAACUCAAUUGCAACAGAAACGAAAAUAUUCAAGUGAUUGAAAAAAUAUAGAUCUUAAUAUAAAAGAAUGAUUGUAACGAAUAAGAACAACAACAUACAUAGUCAAACUUUCGUGCAUUGCCUAAUUUGUCGCCGCAUCGCUCGUUGUUGCCUACCGGCAGCGGUUUUGCGCUUUUUAGCAACUCCGCCCACAUCAUCAUGAACCGCUUUUUAUUAUUGCAUAUUAUUAAGACAUGUAAAUACAUAGAUAUUGAAAACAAAAUGAAGGAGCCAACUCCACUGUCAACUCCAUCACUAUCAGUUAUACAGUUACUGAUAUCAGAGGACAUAAACUACAUACAUAUACUAUACAUUAGGGACAACAACCAACAAGUAUAGUGGUUGUUGUUGUAUUGGUGAAAAUAAGCGUAACAUUUAUGUUCAGUCCCCUUACUUAGUUCAAUUUAGUUUAUAUAAAUGUAUAUUGAAAAGGAAUGUAAACCGUUAGUCAACAUAAUAAACUAUUGUUUAAUAAUGAAAAAAAUCUAUGUGGGGAUUUAAGCUUGCAAUAUGUGCACAUGCUUCUAAAUCAGUUAUGAAAGUGCCACAAAUGUAUAAAAUAAUAAUAAUAAAAACUAAAUAUUUUUAAGUAAAUAAUUGAACACUAUUGAAUUGGUCACGCUAUUGCGAUUGCCGACAUGGGAACAUAUUAACAAGUAAUGAAAAAACAAAAUAUGCACUUAUUGCAUAUAUGAUCACUGUAAACGAAGGGGACCGUUAUUUAAUUUAGAGUUUAGCAGAACUGCACAUAUUAUCGUAAGUCAUUUUCUUUUUAAAGUUUUGUAGGUAAACAUUGUUUUUAUUGAAAAUUUAUAUGAGUUCUAUAUUUUCAAAUAAUGGAAGAAUCAAACUACUUUGUUUUUGCAAAUGAUUCGUGUAGUUCAGUCUCAGUAAUAAUUUUUUUAAAAUACAUAAACGAUGCUUAUUCUCGUUUAAAUUGUUUGGUAAAUAGACAAUUUAAUUUAUGCACACCUUUUAAAGUGUCAUAACUCAAAAUCGUUCUUAUUUUAAGUUACACUUUAUAUAUAUACUUAUAAUUCCUCGCAACAACAAAUUGAAAAUAUACAAAAUGCUAGCUACACUUUUAAACACUAAAUAUUUUCACAUUGAAUCUAAUGGAUUUUGAGUUAUGCCGCCUUAUAACCGUUUCCUUACUGUCAAAAGCACACUACAUUUACAUUGCCUAAAUGUUUGUGUCUUUUGAGUAUUUAAAUUGAAAUAUACAUACGAUAAUUAUAUUUAUAUAUGUAUAUGUAAAUCGGUGUUUCAGUUGAACAAAAGAAAACUUUUUUCUAUUUUGUGAAAUUGGAAAUGUUUAAAAUGCUGUAGACCAUUGGGCAACUUACAUACUUUUUAUCAUAUCGUGUUUUUAUAAUACCUGUAGAUACUGACAGACGCACAUAUGUAUGUAUGUAUAUAAAAAAAUGAGACCAUCUGAAAAUAAGUCCACCAAUUGCAAAUCUAAAAUAAACGAUUUUUUGUAAAAUAUUUUUAUUCGUCUUAAUCGAUUUCUCACAACUGUUGUCUAUGCUACUCAGAUGAUCAAAUCAUCAGUACCAAGAGAAAAACAAAACUUUUAGAAUGACAACAUUUUUGGAAUUUAUUUGAACACACAUCGAAUGACAUAAAAAAAAAAUACGAUCUAAAAUGCAGCCCCAUGCAUAAAAUGUUAAAAUUUAAAUCGUCAUAAAAAUUAAAAUGAAAUAUUUGAAAAAUUGAUUAUUCCUCAGAAUUUUUGUAACUUUUUCUUUUGACAUUUUUUGUGAUUAUUUUAUUUUCAUUUGAUAAAAUGUAUAAUAACACGAUAUCUAUAAUAAUUAUAAUAAAAUACUAUAGAAGAGUAGCGCGUUUAAGAGAUAAAAAUAUGUUUUUUGGAAAAAACUGAAAAUGCCCUUCCAUCAUAAAUUUUUUUUAAAGGAAGGCAAAAUAUUUGAAUAAUUAUUAGAUAAGGAUGAAAAAAAAAUAAAUAGAUUUCGAUUGAACUUUAUAAACAAAUACGUAAAUUCUUUAAUGUCACAAAAUAAGACAUUUCUUAUCAUCCAAGACACCACAAAAGGAAUUUAAUAGAGCGCUGGAUUCAAAAUCUGCAUACACUGGUCCUUCCUCUGGUUCAUAUACUAACUAAUGAAUAUUAAGAUAAUUUUUUAUUUCUGAAGAACAAAAAAAUGUUUAUUAUAUAAUUUACAGAACAUAGACCAACAACCUAAAAACAGAAGAAAAUUAAUACAAACGUUAAUUAAAGAAAUUGUUUAUACAUAUGCGACAAAACUGUUUCAUAUUUAAUAUACAUUUUUAUACAACAAUAGUAGCAAAUUAAAGUUUAGAGUAAAAGUAAAUUGCAUAGCACACUAAUGUAUGAACUAACAUUAAAAGAAAAAGAUACAAAUUAAAAAAAAAUUAAAGAAAUAUUAAAUUGAUCUGACAUAAUUAGUAAUUAAAAAAAUAAUGCGAAAUCACUUGCCAAAUGCAAAAAUAUAUUCAAAAACAUAAAAUAAUUUAAAUAAGUCACAUUGCGAAUUUGUUUUUGAAAAGUCGGUACAUUUGAGUAAUUUUAAAUUUUGUUGUCUUUUCUCAAACACUGAGAAGGAAUCUGCGCAAUUUGGAUUUUUAUAUUCAAAUAAUUGAAUUUCAUUAGUAUAUUAGAUUCUGUAAUUAGCAACAUAUUCAAUUUCAUAACUAUCUUAAUAAGAUAUUUGAAGUUUGGACUUGAUUUAUAUUUUUAGUUGAAGACACGGCGUAUAUUUUUUUUUAAAUUUGUAUUCAACUUAUAUUCUUUAUAAAUACUUUAUUAAUAUCUACAUAUACACAUAUAUACGCAUAUAUAAUUAUUUUUUGAUGAAAUCAAAAGGUGCUAAACUUAUUUAAGCGUAAAGCUAAAACAAAUAAAAACGAAAACAAAAUAAAAUAAAAUAAAAUAAAUUAUCUCGAUAAAAAUAUGUAUAUUGAACCAAAUAUGUAUGCAAUAAAAUUCCUAAAUUUGCAAAUAAAAAGUGAGCAACAACAGCGUUACAGAAAAUACCUCAAGAGCAAUUAUUUUUGUUACACAAAACGUUUAAUGUACAUACAUAACAUAAAUAGGAAUGAAUACUAAAAAAUGCAAAAGCAACCGAAAGAACCACAACAAAAGUAGUUUGAAAAAAAUAUUACUUAAGCAAAUAUAAUAAAUUGUAUAUUUUUAUAGUUACAAUUUAUAUCGUUUAUAUGAUAUUUUACAGUUAAUCCUGUUUCUUUUAUAUGUUUUAUAUUAUUUUUUUUUUAUAAGCGAACUGUUCAAAAAUGAAUGUACAGCAGAAAAGUAUGGCGCUAAACUAAACAUGUACAUACACUUAAACAUAAACAUUGCUGAAUAGUUACACAAGCAUACACAAACACAUGCACACUACGCAUAUAAGAAAUGUCUUAUUUUUAUUGUAGAUAAAUUAUAGACAAGAAUCAAUGCUGAAAUAAUAAAAUUAUACGAAAUUUAUAAUGUUUACAGAGAAUUAAAUAAAAAACGAGAAAAUGUAUAAAAAACGUCAAACUGUUUAACAUUUAUAUAACUGAACUAAUUAUACUAUUUGUGAAGCAAAAGAGUGACAAUUUUCACGUUGGCUCUUUCUGCAAAUAUUUUCUUUUUAAUUGUAAGUCAUUAGUAAAUUUGCUUUUUCCUUAACUCAGGAUUCCUGUUAUAUUUUUGGAUUUUGUUUAUUUCGAAUUAUAUAUUUUUUUCAUAAAGUCUUCCCCAUAAUAAUUCAUGCGAUUUCUGCUUAGAAUAUUUCAUUGAUGAAGAGCUUAUAAAACCUGAUCAAAACUUUCCUGAGAAUAAACAAAUAAAACAAGGAACAGCUCGCUGUUUGAAAGAAACGUGCAACACUGCCUUUUGUUCUCAACAGUCAAUACGAAUUACAUAAUUAACAACUAUGUAAGUGACAUAACAUUUACAUUCAUACACAACAUAUACAUAAAUACA